CAGUGCUGCCGCUGAAGAGAGUGAGCGGUGAGUUGGGACAGAGCCCACGUCACACACAAACACACUGCGGUACCAACACAGGCAUUCCUGGGGCUCAACUCAGAAAACAUCUCUACGUUUAAAAGGAUAAAAGGCAAUUGAAAGGAAAGUAGGUGAUGGUUACCGGUGACUUGGCAAGUUGCAGCUGUUGUGCCGCAGGGGGACCUGUGUGAUUGCGACUAAAAGAAUUCUCCUGCGAUCAUCAGCGUGGGCUAUUUUGCUUUUUUUCCCCAUAGAUAUCCCUUGCACCAGCGAUACGGUCGCUGCUGUGAAAGACUGAUUUGCCCUGUGGGAUGCGAUUUUGUUCUCCGCUAAUAAGGAUUGUUCGCUUUUGACGCAGUUGAUGAUGUUGCCGGCUGCGGAGCUGUAGGAAUCACUAGUCAUUGCCCCGUGCCAGGCUGCUUCUCUCUUCUGCUGCAUUGGCAAGCAUGGAGUGCCUUUAUACAUUCUGCUUUUGCAUCCUCCUCCUCCUGCCAGGACCUGGCACAUGUGGAAUAGAAAAUGUAAACACAUUGAGUGAAUUACAUGUACAUUCUGCCACCCUGCCUGCAUCAGUUGAAGAAGCCACUACACCGGAGAUACUUAAUGCUGCUAAUCUGAGUACCCCUUAUAUAGACGAUAGAAGUGACUCAGUCGCACCGCCAACCCGCUCUUCUAAGCGCUUUAUGUUUAAGCCAACUGUGCGGAAUAUUGCUGUUUCAGAACAUAAAGAUGUCAAGUUCAAUUGCUCAAUUGUUGUCCCAAAUACUGAUAGUGGAGACCAGAUUGCCUGGUGGAAAGAUGGAAAGUUACUACCUUCCUCUGACCGUAUUUCCAUCCAGUCUUUUGAAAUCCCAGAUCCAACUGUAACAUCUAUGUCAUCCUCCUGCAGUAUUGCAGGCGUUCAGAGACUGGACAAUGGGACAUACAACUGUAAUCUGACAGUAGAGGGGGAAGAAGUUGUUUCGGAGCCUGUAUAUAUCCAAGUGGAAGGUCUGCCAUAUUUUAUUCAGCAACCAGAGAGAUUAAAUAUCACUAAGAACAUGCAAUUUAAUAUUACCUGUGAAGCUGUGGGACCCCCAGAACCUGUGGAGAUAUACUGGAUCCUUAACAGUACAAAAAUCAAUACUAUUCCAAAAGUUUCACCAGCAGUUUUUACAGUAUCAGGUCUAGAAGAAGCUGCAAUAAUCAGCUGUGAAGCACACAAUAAAAAAGGCCUGACUGUGUCCAAUGAUGUAAGGAUCAAUAUAAAAGGUAUCCCAUCCCCAUUAAUCAAGGUUGAAGUUGUUAAAAGCAUGGCACAUGGUAUUUUAUUAUCCUGGAUUCCUGGAUUCGAUGGUUAUUCUCCACUGAGUGUCUGCAUGAUACAGGUGAAGGAAGAUCUACAUGAAAAUGCUAGCAACACAAGGUACUUUAACACCUCAGUGCCUCCCUAUGAAUAUCAGAUUGACAGACUGAAGGCAUAUACCAAAUAUUACUUUAGUGUCUCCUGUAAGAAUGAAGUGGGCUGGUCUCCACCAAGUUUAUGGAUUGUUAACAGUACAACAGAAGGGGCUCCAUCGGCUGCUCCACAGAAUAUAUCAGUGGCGAUAAAUAACUCUCGUUCUGUUGUUGAAGUGUUGUGGGUCAAUCCUCCAGUUACGGAGAUGAAUGGGAAACUUCAGGGUUAUAAAAUAACACACAAAUGGAAAGUCUAUGGACGUGAUGAAGUUGAAUAUGUUGAAUACUCCAAUUCCACUGCUGCAUUUCUUCCAAUCAAAGCCACCAAUGCAACCUGCACUGUGACUGUUGCAGCUUAUACAAAGGGAGGCACUGGACCCUACAGUCUGCCAGUGCAGCUUAUCAUCCAAGGAAAUGGUUCAGUAACUUCAGCCACUUCUUCUACUCUAGCUCCAGGAAACGCAAGUCCGUAUGUGAUUUUGCUUGGCUUCAUCUGCAGCCUAAUGAUUUUCUUGCUGGUCAUAUAUGGAGUGGUAAUGUUUAUUAGAAGGAAAAAGGAAACAGAAUUUGGGCAUGCUUUUAUCCACUCAGAGGACUCUGACAUUGUAGUAAACUACAGAGCUAAAAAAUCCUAUAAUAGGAAAGCUAUUGAAAUUACACUAAGUACUUUAGGUAUCAACCAGGAUCUGCAACAGAAACUAGAAGACGUCAUGGUUGAAAGGAACCUGUUAAGCCUUGGGAAGGUGUUGGGUGAAGGUGAAUUUGGAUCAGUGAUGGAGGGGGAGCUCCAGUAUUCUGAUGGAACCAGUCACAAUGUAGCUGUGAAAACUAUGAAGAUGGACAAUUUUUCUCAGAGGGAAAUAGAGGAAUUCUUAAGUGAAGCAGCCUGCAUGAAGGACUUCAAUCACCCGAACGUCAUUAAACUGCUCGGUGUUUGUUUAGAAGUUGGACCUCGGCGAAUCCCAAAGCCAAUGGUCAUUUUACCAUUUAUGAAGUAUGGAGAUCUGCACAGUUUCCUGCUGUCGUCCAGAAUCGGUUCCGGGCCUCAGCACGUUCCCUUGAGGACCCUGGUAAAGUUUAUGAUUGACAUUGCCACCGGGAUGGACUAUCUCAGCAGCAGGAACUUCCUACACAGAGAUUUAGCUGCUCGAAACUGCAUGUUACGAGAUGACAUGACCGUUUGUGUAGCUGAUUUUGGUCUAUCUAAAAAAAUCUACAGCGGAGACUAUUAUCGUCAGGGACGUAUUGCUAAGAUGCCUGUGAAAUGGAUUGCAGUGGAGAGCCUCGCCGAUCGCAUCUAUACAGUCAAAAGUGAUGUGUGGGCUUUUGGCGUCACAAUGUGGGAAAUAUCAACCAGAGGAAUGACUCCUUAUCCAGGGGUGCAGAACCAUGAAAUAUAUGACUACUUGCUUGCAGGACACAGGUUGAAGCAGCCCCCAGAGUGUCUGGAUGAUCUUUACACAGUGAUGUACCAGUGCUGGUUAGCAGACCCUACACGCCGGCCCUCCUUCACAUUGCUUAAAGACAACCUGGAGAAGUUCAUUGACGGCUUGCCUCCUGCUACGGACAAAGAAGAAGUGCUUUAUAUUAACACAAGCUUACCGGAGGACAGCGAGCAUCUUAUUCAAGAUCCCGAGGUGAAUGAAAUAAAUGUGGAUCCCAGCUAUGUCCAGAUCAGUCCCUCAAACUCUGAAACCACCACGGUGACAGUGGAAGUCCAUGAAAACCAUUGCAAUGAAGAAAGAUAUAUUUUUGAAGGUUUAGGUGAAGAACAUAAUGGAGAAUUUGAACACGCGAGCACCCCGCUUUUGCAGGACAAUAAUGCACGCAGCAGAGCACCUUGGUGUGAAAACAAUAAUUUUCUAGACUGCAACACAAAGACUGAUGACAAGCAAUAUACAGACGACUCUACUGAAGAUACAGAAAUCAUGGUAUAGCAAGCAGAGUCUCUCCUGGGCAUUAACCAUUUCUUUCCUUUCUCUUCUGCAUAUCCGUGUAAUAUCCUGAGCAAAGGCUGCUUUACUUAAUGGUUUGCAGUAUUUUUUUUUUUAUCUUUGAAAAACAAAUGUUGUUACAUAAAGUAUGUAUGUAUGUAUGAGUAUUGUAUAUAAAUAAAUGAACAUAUAGAUUUCUAUUGAUGCCACAAAAGCUGUGUAUAUAGUAAUGAAAUGUUAAAGAACUGUAUCCCUUGCGAUGUGCCUUACGCUACCAGAUCCACACAUUUCUUUUUAUAAUAUUUCAGAAUUAGAGGAGUACUGCAUUGUAAAGUAGUCUCUCUUUCUUUUACUGCAUUCUAAAGGUAACUUCCAUGAGAUAAGAACUCCAUCAUCGUAAACUGACCCAGAGGAGGGCAACGUAACACUCCAAUAGGACAGCUCUCAAUAUGGCCUCAUGGGACUAGAGUAUCAUUUUCCCACCCCAUGAACAAAUGUCUCAGUAACAUCUCUGUCCACAGCGAAUUCAUAACUAGACGGUGAUUUGAGUAAAGAAGCCCUUCCCAUGAUGACCUUGGAAAAAGUUUUUUACCUGCCAAGCAAAAACUUAAAGGGAUUCUGUCAUGAUUUUUAUGGUGUAGUUUUUAUUUCUAAAUGACACUGUUUACCCUGAAAAUAAUUCACUCUAACAUAUGAAAUGUAAUUUCUGAACCAGCAA